ACCCAAAAAAAAAAAAAUGAAUGAUGUGUCAUUUUCAAGCCCCUUCUCUUCUUUUUUAUUUUAGAAAAGAGAUCAUCUUUGAAUUGAAUACCUUUUAUUCAAAAAAAGUCUCUGGGCAAAUCAUUGCAACAGAAUUAGCAGAGGAGGAGGGGAGGGGAGAUUCAUGGCUGAACAUCAUCAUCGCAUCAGAGUCUACUUAGCCUCUGCUAUCUUACUUUUAGCGGUUAUUAAUACGGGAAUUGCAGCAGAGAAUCUUUCUCAGCAGAAGCUAACUUCCCGAAUUCUUCAGAAUGAGAUUGUGAAGGAAGUCAAUGAGAAUCCAAACGCUGGAUGGACAGCUGCUUUCAAUGAUCGCUUUGCUAACUCCACCGUUGCAGAGUUUAAGCGCCUCCUCGGUGUUAAACCAACACCUAAGAACGAAUUCUUAGGCGUACCUGUUGUAAGCCAUGACAUCUCUCUCAAGCUUACUAAAGAAUUUGACGCUAGAACUGCUUGGUCUCAGUGCUCCAGUAUUGGAAGGAUCCUAGAUGCUAUAGGGUUUGGGUUAAGGUUUACGGUUUGGGAAAUGAUCGGAUGGUCACCAGAGUGUGCUAGAUAUCCAGCCGAUCGAGAUACAUCAGAGGGUUCAGUUUUACAUUGGAAGCAAAGAAGAAGUGGAGAAGUACUUGGCUUGAGUGAGUCAGUGUACACCAAACAUGAGCCCUUUUAGUUUCUAUUGUAAGCCAUUUGGUUUGACUACAUGGCACAUCCCAAUAGAUGCAUAAAUGAUGAAAGUUCUAUUUUGUUAUCUGUCAAAUAUUAGACGUAUCAGCUGUUUUACUAUUGAGCAGAAAACCAAGUUAAAUUUAUACAAAAAUCAUAGUACUA